AUGAAAGAAUCCGACCAGCUUGCGACUUCUUUCAUCAUCGUGUUCGGCACAUAUUGCUACCUCACCAUGUCAUUCAGCCUGAAAAAUGCUGGUGCCACCUACCAGCGUUGCAUGCAGAGGUGCUUUGCUGAUCAGAUCGACCCGCCACGACAGCCCGACCAGCUCGGGCCACCGAAACCCAUGGUCACCGUCUACGUGGAUGACAUAGUGGUGAAAGCACCUCGUGCAGGAGAUCUGAUCGCCAUGCUGGAUGCCACGUUUGCUAACCUCCGAAGGUUUAGCAUCAAAUCACAGGCGCUUCAGACCAUCCUCCUCACGUGGCCGUUCGUGGUCUGGGGUCUCGAUAUGGUCGGGCCUCUCAAGAAGGCUCCUGGCGGCUUCACCUGCCUACUUGUCGCGGUGGACAAGUUCACCAAAUGGAUUGAAGCAAAACCAAUCAUCAAGCCUAGCUCCCAAGAGGCCAUCAAGUUUUUUCAUGAUGUCAUCUACCAGUUUGGAGUGCCCAACAUCAUCAUCACCGACAACGGCACCAACUUCACGGGCAAAGAGUUCUUGGAUUUGCUGACGGGUACGGGAUCAAAAUCAACUGGGCAUCGAUCAGAUACCCUUCCACAAAUGGGCAGGUAG